GUUGGAGCUAAGCGGGCAUGGAUGCGGGUGUAGAGCAAGUGCUUCAUAUGAAAGAAGGCGUUGGAGAAACAAGCUAUGCCAACAACUCUUCAAUACCCAGAAAGGUGAUAAUGAAAGUAAAACCUAUACUAAGAGAAAGCGUCAACAAGAUGUUGUGCAACGACGUUCCAACAUGUUUGAAAGUGGCAGAUUUGGGGUGUUCUUCAGGACCAAAUGCCCUUUUGGUGGCAUCUAACAUCAUAGACAUUGUGGAUGAAACAAGUCGCAGAUUGAAGGUUGGGACGCCCACGUUCCAGUUUUUCCUCAACGAUCUAUUUGGGAAUGAUUUCAACUCAGUCUUCCAAUCACUCCCAAAGUUCUAUCACACUCUCAAACAACACACAUGUUGGAUCAAUGCAACGCCUGGCAACAUUCUAUGCCACUCUCUUCCCCUCUCAUUCCAUCCAUUUCUUCCAUUCCUCCUUCUCUCUCCAAUGGCUCUCCCAGGUUCCAAAGUCGUGGAGCGAGGCAAAAAUGUCAGAUGAUGAUAAAGAGAAUAUUUAUGUGAUGAGCAUGAGUCCUGCAUCAUACGGUGAGCAGUUCAAACAAGAUUUCAAACUAUUUUUAAGAUCACGUUCGAACGAAUUGGUGCCUGAGGGUGGAAUGCUUCUCACAUUCAUGGGUAGAUUUGAUACUUCUGAAAAUAUAAGUGUUCCAGGGCUCAUUCGUACGACACUCAAGGACAUGGUCUCCGAGAACUUGAUUGAAGGGGCGAGCUUGGAACAUUUCAGUGUACCAAAUUAUUUUGCUACAGCUGAUGAAGUUAGAGAAAUAAUAGAAGAAGAAGGAUCUCUCAAUGUUGAAAGAUUAGAGAGUAUCAUAACAAACUGGGACGGAUCAAGCUUAGAUGAAGAAGAAAAUAAGCGUUUUAAGAAUGACAACGAGAGAGCAGAGUUCAUAAUCAGAAACAAAAGAUCUGUAUUUGAACCUCUUUUGAAGGCACAUUUUGGUGAAGGAAUCAUGGAUGAACUCUUCCUUAGAUUUAAGAACAAGGUUGUACAAUUCUUGCCCAAGUUGGAGUAUCCUAUUUUGGUCAUAUCUCUCACCAAAAUUGCUUAAGUGAGAACCAUUGGCAUGGUUAAAUUAAUGCCUGUUUUUAAUAACCAAAAAUGUAACGGAUUCUAGAUGGCAAGAAUUAGCAAGCUGAAGAAACUAUACCCAAGUACUCUCUUUCGUAUAUGGAUGCUUGAAAGAAUUUCUUCAACUCAUUGCCUGUGAAUUUGAGUGAAAUAUAUAUGUUUCCUCGUUGAUGUUAUUGUUCUGUAAGUGUACUGUGGUCAACAAGUCAAAGUUAUUAUUUUAUUCCUAUUUAA